AUUCUUAAUUAACCCCCUGCUGCUCUUCCCCGUUCCUUAAUUAUCGACAAAUUUCCGCUUAAUUAACCCGUAAUUAACCCUCCCGGCAAUUCCCUGGGGGUCCCUCAUUAACUGCCUCUCUUAAUUAAUUCACUAAUUAAUUAAUUAAUUAAUUAAUUACAGCCCCCAUGCCCAGAGGGUUCCAACAGAUCCAGGAGGAGGAGGAGGAGGAUGAGGGGGGUCCCGGCUCGUUCCCCGGGCGGGGGUCGCCGCCCCCCUCGCCCCCCCCGGCCCCGCUGACCCCCGCCCUGGCCCUGACGGUGUUCGCGGCCUCGCUGAGCUCGCUCGGCUUCGGCUUCAACAUCGGCGUCAUCAACGCCCCCCAGAAGGUGAUCGAGGUUGAGUACAACGCCACCUGGGCCCAGCGCUGGGGGUCGCCGCCCCCUCCCCAAACGCUCUCCCUGCUCUGGGCGCUCUCGGUCGCCAUUUUCUCCGUGGGGGGGAUGGGCACGGCCCUGGCGGGCGGGGCCAUGGCCGAGCGCCUCGGCAGGAAAGGCGCCCUAUUGGCCACCAACGGCCUGGCUGUGGUGGGCGGGGCCCUGAUGGGCGGGGCCAAGCUUGGCCCCACCUACAUCCUCAUCAUCAUCGGCCGCUUCAUCGUGGGCGCCUACUCAGGGCUGGUCUCGGUGCUGGUUCCGCUCUACGUGGGGGAGGUGGCGCCGCUGCGCCUGCGGGGGGCGCUGGGGACCCUGCACCAGCUCGGCAUCGUGCUGGGCAUCCUGGUGGCACAGGUGCUGGGGCUGCGGGCGCUGCUGGGGACGCCGAGGGCGUGGCCGGCGCUGCUGGGGGCGGGGCUGCUGCCGGCGGCGCUGCAGCUGCUGCUGCUCCCGCUGUGUCCCGAGAGCCCCCGGUUCCUGCUGGCCCGGGGCCAGCGCGGCCGCGCCCGCCGCGGCCUCUCGCGAUUGGCCGGCCCGGCGGCGGAGGCGGGGCUGGCGGCGCUGGAGGCGGAGCUUGGCCGAGGCCCUGCCCCCAAGGUGGGGCUGCUGGAGCUGUGCCGGAGCCGCCGCUACCGCCAGCCCCUGAUCGUCACGCUGGGGCUGCAGCUGGCGCAGCAGCUCUCGGGCAUCAACGCGAUCUUCUACUAUUCGACGUCCAUCUUUGAGGGGGCGGGGCUUCAGGACCCCGCCGUGGGCACCAUCGGAACGGGCGUGGUCAACGUGGCGGCCACCGCCCUGUCGGUGGUGCUGGUGGAGCGGGCGGGGCGCCGCGUGCUGCAGCUCGUGGGGCUGCUGGGAAUGAUGGGAUGCGCCGGGACCCUGGGCGUGGCCCUCAAGCUCGGGGGUCCGGUUUGGGGCGCCCUGGCGCUGGGCUCGGCCCUGGCCUUCGUGGGGUUUUUCGCGGUCGGGCCGGGCCCCCUGCCCUGGUUCGUCGGGGCCGAGCUGUUCCCGCCCGGGCCCCGCGGGGCCGCGCUCGCCCUGGCCGGGCUGGUGAACUGGGCGAGCAACACGGCCGUGGCCAUGGCCUUCCCCCCGAUGCAGGACGCCAUGGGCCCGCUGGUGUUCCUCCUUUUCGGGGGGCUCCUGGGGGGUUUCUCCCUCUUCACCUUCCUGCUGCUGCCCGAGACGCGCGGCCGCCCCUUCCCCGACCCCCGGGACCCCCAGAGCUCCCCCAAUUCCGCCCCCCUGGCCCUGCUGGGACCCCCCGAGAAGGACACGGAGCUGCAGAGCCUGGCCGGCCACGAGGAGCCCUGAAAAUGGGAAAAAACCCCAAAAAUUCAGGUUUUUUGGGGCAAAAUCCCAAAAAUUUGGGCCAAAAACCCCCAAAAUUUGAGGUUUUUAGGGCGAUUUUAGUCCGAUUUUAGGGCGUCCCCCAGAAAAUAUUGGCGGAUUUUGGCACUUUGGGGGGAGCCCUAAAAAUUUGGGAGCGGUUUUGGGGCAAAACCCCAAAAAUUCGGGGUUUUU